UGAGGCUGCCUGCAUCAUCGUCGACUGAAAAGUGUAGUCAUAUUUGUCGUUCACGGUCGCGUUAUUUUAACCCAGAGAACGAGUUGUGCACCACCGGUGUUGGCCUUGGAAGUUCAAAUGUCAGCCGGUGCCACAGUGCCGCUUACGCUUGCUCACUAGCUACAGUAACGUCAGCUUUUGCUGCCAAUAUCCUCGCAGGAAUCAGUAUGGAUGCGCUCUGGGUAUUCCUAAUGCUGCUGGUCCCACUUCUGCUAUGGACUAGCAGCACCUUUGUUUUUUAUUUCAAAAAGUGUUUCUACGUGGCUUAUAUGAUGGUUUUGGGUGCGAUUGCGAUUCCGCUUAGUAUUCUGAAAAGCGGAGGCAGGGACGUUGAAAACAUGAGGGUGGUCCGUGCUCUGGUUCGUCAUGUUAAGUACUUCCUGGGUCUGAGGUUCGACGUGAGUGGCUUGGAACACCUGCAGACAGAGGGACCCUACGUCAUCAUCUCCAACCACCAGAGCUCCCUGGACGUUCUGGGUCUAAUGGAGGUUCUCCCAGAUCGUUGCACCAUGAUUGCCAAGAAGGAGCUGGUGUACGCGGGCACGGUGGGCAUCGUGUCCUGGCUGGGCGGCAUCGUCUUCAUCAACCGCAAGAAGACCAGCGAUGCCAAGAGUGUCAUGGCCGACGCUGCGAAGACCAUGCUGGACGACCAGAUCCGGCUGUGGGUGUUCCCUGAGGGCACACGGAACCAGAGGGACGACCUGCUGCCCUUCAAGAAGGGAGCCUUCCACCUGGCAGUGCAGGCACAGGCUCCUAUCAUCCCCAUUGUGUUCUCCUCCUACAGUAACUUCUACCUACGUAAAGAAAAGCUGUUCAACUCAGGGACCAUCACGUUGAAGAUCCUUCCGAAGAUCGAGACGAAGGGCAUGACGUCAGACGACGUGGCCGGCCUCUCCGACAAGUCCUAUGACCUCAUGCGCUCAGUCUUCCUGAGCAUCUCUGGCUUCGCCCCCAUAACCCAGAGCAACGGGCCCCCCUCGCACCACUGAACAUUUCCCAUGUCCGAGACACCAAAACCUAUCCCCCCCUUUUUUAUAUUUUUUUCUCCCCCCUCCGCAUCGUCCCAGCUCUCUACCUACGUACCUACAGAUUAGGUCAAAUAUAUUGGCACCCUUAUGGCGCAGAAUGUUCCAUUUCUUCUUUUCAAAACUGUUUGAAUGGCACCUGCAGCUUACCACAGGUGUGAGAUAAAUUACCCAGUAAACGAGAUAUUGCCUCUAACCAAAUUAUAUUGCCCCCAAUCAAGAGUCCAGGACAGUUUUCUUUGAAAUGUGCAGUUGUAAACAAAGUUUUCAAUUUCAACUUGUUUUUGAAGAAAUAGAGAAUUGUGCAAGGGUGCCAAUAUAUUUGACCACAUCUGUACCAGGAUCCAACGCACCCACCAGGCCUCUGUCAUGAACUCAUCUGUUGUUUUGGCCUGGUACAGUUUGGUUCUGGUUGGCUCCUGCUCCGACCCAGCCCCCAUACAGUGCAGUCCUGACUCUUCACUACAGAAGACCUGUUGGCUCUGCAGGUUAUGAGUAGAGUGACGGACGGCAAGCAAAACGGAACAUUAUUAAUGUGCGUUCAUCAUGCAUGCUUUGGGAUACCUUUUUUCUACCUCCACCUUUUUAAAAGAGGCUUUAUUGUUAUUGUCUUAUUUUUUUAUUUUGUCAGUCAGUGGUUGUACUUUCGCUUUUUUUCCUUCCUUCCUGCUCAACUUUUUAGUUUUUUCAUAUGUUGACGGUGGAUAUUUAUAUUUUCCUCUGGUGCUGCCUUAACUUUUUUUCUUAAUGCGCUAUAAAAGACACGCACAGCACACAACCACCCUGCUUUAACCACUCCCACCGCUAACACACACAACACACCACGGUACCCCCUCCCCCAACACCCCACCCAACCCCAGUAUAUCCUCUCCUGUUCUGUUGUGCAUACCAGCCUCUUGCCUCUUUUGAAGGAGUAGGGAACCAGGGUCUGGACCAUGGGUCUUGAGGGGAGAUGGAGGGCGACAGAGCGAAAGGAGAGGUUAGUAGUUGACCAGGGACUUGUUCUUUAUCUGUGUCUCAGUGCAAUCAACUCUAUCGUUACAUACAGUGCAUUCAGAGAGUAUUCAGACCCCUUGAC